AGAAUUCUAACUAUAAAUUACCAACAAAAAAUGUCGAAAAUUUCGCCGAUUAGAACACAUCGAUUAACAUUAGAUAUUUCGUUAAAAUUAAUCCGAUGCCUUGGUAUUUUCGAUUUUGAUUCACCAAAAAUUGGUAUAAAAAUUCUCAACGCCACAAUUAGAGUAAUCAAUUGGAUUAUCGUAAUAGCAACUCUUUUAACAAUGGCUGCCGAUGUAUAUGUCAAUAUAAAAGAUUUAGAAACAGUAGUCAAUGACGUGGGUUACUUAUUUCCAAUAGUCGUAAUACUUAUUAAGACUUUUGCGGUGUUUAAAAAUCAACGGACUAUUCUUCAGCUUAUUGAAGAUAUCCAUAUCAAUAUUGACAGAUUACGUUAUUCUUCAGAUCUAGGUGUAUUAACAAAAAUAAGAACAACAUUGUUUUAUCAAAACGUCGAUUACUUUACCUUUGCUACAGUAUUAUUAGGCACUGCUACUGCACUAACAGCAAUAUCCGUAGAAACAGAAACAAAGUUGGCGUUACGCGGAAUUUUUCCGUACAAUACAACUGUUAGUCCAACCCACGAAAUAGUCUUUUUCAUGCAAUUUUGGACUGUAUUCAUCAAUUGCCUAUGGAUACUCAUAAUCGAAACAUCGAUUAUUGAACUAAUAAGAUGGAUAAAUGUUCAACUAGUAGUACUACAAGCUAAUUUUGAACAUUGUCAAGACUGGCAGAUGCCUCGUGCAACCUUCAAAAUGAGCAAAAAAAAUUACGAUAUAAUAAGGAAUUACAAAUAUUUCAAAGUUAGCGAUGAACAAACCCUAAUACAAUCAUAUAUACCGUUCAAUGAUGAUGAAGUUAAUAUUGAAAAGGAUUCAUUUGAUCUCAGAUAUAAGACGUGCUUGAAACAUUAUCGCCGAAUAAUUGAUAAUGUCAAUAAAUACAAUGAACUUUUUAGUGUUCUUCAAUUUUUAACAGUAUUUAUAACUUGUUCAUUUUUCUGUCUCUGCUUAUUUCAAAUUGUUGUAGUAUGUUUGUAA